GUUCUCAAACUAGCUUGUUUCUGAGCCCAAAAAGGUAAUUUCUCAACCUCUAGAGGUCCGAUAAGGCUUUCUUUCUACAAUUGCCAACACACCAAUUCCCACCCUUAUCUUCACGACAUCUCCAAGUGCUUUUGGUUGUUAGAGCAAACAAGGUAAUUUGACAAAUACAAGAGCCACCAUACUAUGCAAAUAUGUACCAUACCACACAUCCCAUGAAAAGUGUGGCCAAAUCAUGGACAAUGAUGAUGCCAUCACCUAUGCAGCAUAUACCAUUACCAUCUUCUCUAAUGAAUAAUAUUUCCACUCACAAUUCAAUCUUGUGUUGUGACUUUAACUAUGUGAAUUUGAGCAACCAAAGAGGUACAAGGCUUUUGUGUUCAGCAAGGAGGCAAAUUAGAUACCAAGAUGAUGGGGAUGAUAAAGAUAGUGAUGAAGAGUAUGGGCACAAUGAGGAGAUUGCCAAGUUGGAGUCUUAUAGUCAAUCAGCAAAAGGAGAAGUACUCCUUGUGCAUGCACUUGUGGACCAGGAGGAAGUUGAUGUGCUUAUCUUCAAGAAAGAUGUCUCCCAACAGAAAUUUGAUUGCAACACUUUUCAGGGGUUCUCUUCAUGCUUGAGCUACAGUACCUCCCCUGACCCAACAAGAAGCAUUCUUCCAGCUAGGGCAGUGAUAGUGUCCAUAGAUAGAAUCAAAGGACCUUUUAACCCUGCCAAUAUUGAGUAUCUACAAAAGGGUGUAACAUGGGAAGAAUUCAAGACAAAUCUCCUCUCUAAUUAAGGAGCAUUCUAUUUUGUUCUCAAUUUUUUUUUCAAACAAAAAAAAUUGUUUGUUUUUGUUUUUAUUUUUAUUUUCAUUUUUAAUUAAAAAAAUGUCACUCUUUUAAUUU